CUCACUCUUACCUGAUUGAACAAUAUCUCCAAGCCAAGCUACCAUGGUGAAACUCGCAGAAUUCAGCGUCGAACGGUGGAUGGACCUCUACGAGAACGAUGCCCAGCACAACCUCGCAGAGACAUGCUGCGCCUCCAUCUCGUUGAACGACAUCCUCCAAUUUUCCGGCGCAUCGUCGUCGGACGUCCCACCACUCAUCGAUCUCUUCCGCAAGCAGACGUACGGCGCCAUCCGUGGAUCCGCCGGGCUGCGAGCGAAUAUUGCGAAGCUAUAUCAAGGCUCCAGCAGCGCAUCUCCCGCAGGCAUCACCGCAGAGCAGGUGCUUGUAACCACCGGCGCCAUCCAUGCCAAUUUCCUGGCCCUGUACACGCAGGUCGGGCCGGGUGACCAUGUUAUCUGCCACUACCCGACGUACCAGCAGUUGUACUCGGUGCCUGAGUCGCUCGGUGCCGAGGUGAGCCUGUGGCGCUCUUCGGCCGAGAAUGGGUGGGCUCUGGAUUUGCAGGAGCUGCGGGGGUUGAUCCGUCCCAACACGAAGGUUAUUAUCCUCAAUAAUCCCCAAAAUCCCACGGGCGCGGUCCUCCACCGCGAAUUCCUGCGCAGUGUCGUCGAGAUCGCCCGAGAACAUAACCUUAUCGUCCAUUGUGAUGAGGUCUAUCGCCCGCUAUUCCACUCCCUGCCUCAGGAAGAGACCCCUCCGCCAUCGAUCUUGGAAUUCGACUAUGAGAAUCUUGUCUCCACGGGGUCGAUGAGUAAGGCUUUCAGUCUGGCAGGUUUGCGGAUCGGUUGGAUUGCGUCCCGGAAUCAAAAUCUCAUCGAGGCAUGUGCCUCGAGUCGUGAUUAUACCCUUAUCUCUGUGAGUCAGGUUGAUGACGAGAUUGCGACGCGCGCGUUGAGUACUCCGUGUGUAGAAAAUCUGUUGUCCAGGAAUAUGGAGCUUGCGAAAACGAACUUGGAUAUCCUUGAGACGUUUCUGAAGGAGUUCAGUUGGGCGGUACAAUGGGUGAGGCCGCAGGCGGGCACGACGGCGUUUGUCGAGUUUGUGGAUCGGCAGGGAAGGCCUGUUGACGACGUAGUGCUUUGUGAGCGACUGAUGGAGACAACAGGCGUUAUGUUAGUGCCUGGGGGUAGAUGCUUUGGCGAGAGUGUCGAUUUCAAGGGCUAUGUGCGCGUCGGCUAUGUGCCUGAAAGGGAGGUGUUGGAGCGUGGGUUGUCGGCUUGGAGAGUGUUUAUGCGGGAGGAGUAUGAGAAAUUGCCAGUUGUUUGA